AUGAAUCAACAAAAUUUUAUUAUUAGGUCUGGUGGACAGACUGGUGUUGACAGAGCAAUAUUAGAUGCAGCUAUAGAUUUUAACAAAAUCAAAGCUGAAGCAAAUGAACCUGAAGUAAUUGAAAUUACUGGAUGGUGUCCACUAGGCAGAAGAGCUGAAGAUGGACCAAUUCAUAAAAAAUAUCCACUUUUAGAAACAACAACAGAUAAUUACUCUCAAAGAACAGAGUUAAAUAUUAAAGAUUCAACUGGAACAUUAAUCAUACUUUUAGAAAAAACUGAAGCAGAUAAUGGAACAAAAUACACAAUUGAAAAAGCCAAUGAAUUUAAAAAACCAUUAAAAAUCAUUUAUCUUGGUGAAAAUUCUCAAGAAAAUAUUGUUCAAAUUCUUAAUUGGUUAAAAGAAAACCAAAUCAGACAUUUAAAUAUUGGAGGUCCAAGAGAAAGCAAUUCACCAGGAAUUUAUGAUAAAACAUAUUUCUUUAUACUUGAAUUAUUAAAUGAGAUGAGUGACAAUCAAAUUCUUUUUUAA